AUGGAGGCCCUGAACGCCACACAGGACGGGCUCCUGUCUGACGAUGACCCUGGGAAACUCCUUUACCAGGACUAUGAACAAAUGGCUGGUGCAAACCCGCCAGCCAUGCCCACAUUGGUGUUUGAGGGGGUGAACUUUCCAGAAGAUCCCAUUAAACUGCUGAGUGUGCAGGUGGUGUUGAUCCUGGCCUACAGCACCAUCAUCGUACUGGGGGUUCUGGGUAAUUCUCUCGUCAUAUAUGUCAUCUACCGCUUCAAGACACUUCGCACGGUCACCAACUUUUUCAUCGCCAACCUGGCUGUGGCCGACCUGCUGGUGAACACGCUGUGCCUCCCCUUCACUCUGGUCUACACGCUGCAGAGCGAGUGGAAGUUUGGCAGCACCCUCUGCUUCCUGGUGCCAUACUCCCAGGGGCUCGCCGUGCACGUCUCCACUGUCACGCUCAAUGUGAUCGCCCUGGACCGCCACAGGUGUAUCGUCUACCACCUGGAGACCAGGAUGCGUAAAGACGUGUGUUUCGGGGUGAUAGCCUUGACCUGGGUGCUAAGCGCCGUGCUCGCCAGCCCUCUGGCCAUCUUCAGAGAAUACCGCUCCUUCACUCUGGAGCCUGGACACACAAUCCAGGUUUGUACGGAGAAGUGGCCCGGUAAAAACACCGGCGGCACGGUCUACAGCAUCUCCAUGCUGAUCCUGCAGUACUUCCUCCCGCUGUCCAUCAUCUCCUUCGCCUACGCCCGCAUCUGGUCCAAACUGCGCGGCCACGUCAGCCCGGCAGAGAACGGAGGCAGCAGCAGCGCGGGCUCCGAGCGACACCGCCGGCGCCGUAAAACCACCAAGAUGCUGGUGACCAUGGUGGUGGUGUUCGCCGUCAGCUGGUUGCCCUUCCACGCCUUCCAGCUGGCCACAGACAUCGACAGCACGGUGCUGGACAUGCUCGACUACCGCCUGCUCUACACCAUCUUCCACGUGGUCGCCAUGUGCUCCACCUUCGCCAACCCGCUGCUGUACGGAUGGAUGAACCGGAACUACAGAGCAGCCUUCCUCGCCGUCUUUAAGUGUCAUAAGGGAGGGGAGAGAGCAAGGAGUGGGCGACUGGACAGCAUCCACCCAAUCGGAGGUGGAGGAGGAGGAGGAGGAGGAGGUGGAGGAGGGAGGGCGAAGAAGAUAGUGCUGGAAACCCAGGAUGUAGUCUCAACCCGUUUGAACGCCACUGAUGUCUGA